AUGUCGGACGCAGAUGAUUACCGUUGCUUCGUUGGCAGUCUGUCAUGGAACACAACUGAUGUGGAUCUGAAGGAUGCUUUUGGGAAAUUUGGUCGAGUUACUGAGACAAAGGUGGUUCUUGACAAGUUCUCUGGCCGAUCACGUGGCUUUGGAUUUGUGACUUUUGAUGACAAGAAGGCCAUGGAAGAAGCUGUUGAGGCUAUGAAUGGAAUUGAUUUGGAUGGAAGGAAUAUUACUGUUGAAAGAGCACAACCUCAAGGUUCAGGCAGGGACCGUGAUGGAGAUCGAGACUAUCGUGGUGGUGGUGACCGCUAUGGUGGUGGCCGUGAUUUUGGUGGCGGUCGUGGUGGUGGUCGUGGUGGUGGCGGUGAUUGCUACAAAUGUGGCAAGCCUGGUCAUUUUGCAAGGGAGUGCCCAUCUGGUGAUGGUGGGGACAGGUAUGGUAGCAGGGAUGACAGGUACAGUAGCAGGGAUGACAGGUACAGUAGCAGGGAUGACAGGUACAGUAGUAGGGAUGACAGGUAUGGUGGCAGGGAUGGUGCAAGGGAUGACAAGUAUGGUGGUAGCAACGGCAGCAGUCGCUAUGGGCCUGACCGUGGUGGUGAUCGCUAUUCUGGAAGUCGUGAUGGAGGAAGCCGCGGCAGUGGUGGCGGUGAUCGAUACAGCCGUGACAGGUCUGGACCGUAUGAUCGUCGCAGCCGAGAUGAAUACUGA